GGUUUUCGCUACUCCAACACACGGCACUUCCAGAUCGAGACCUAGGAACCAAUGAAAAUCAGAAGUAGUUUCACAUUGGGCUGGUAAAACAGAAGGACUGACGUCUAUUGAUAUUUUUCCGGGUCACCGUGAAUAUGACUAGAGAAGAUGGCCUCUCUUGAUAGGGUGAAGGUUUUGGUUUUGGGGGACUCAGGUGUUGGCAAAUCAUCUCUCGUACACUUACUGUGUCACAAUCGGGUGCUUGGUAACCCUUCGUGGACUGUGGGCUGUUCUGUGGACGUCCGGGUCCAUGACUACAAGGAGGGCACACCAGAGGAGAAGACGUACUACACUGAGCUGUGGGAUGUUGGAGGUUCAGUGGGCAGUGCCAGUAGUGUGAAAAGCGCCAGGGCUGUGUUCUACAAUGCUGUCAAUGGCCUCAUAUUAGUCCAUGACUUGACAAACAAGAAAUCUUCGCAGAAUUUGUAUCGUUGGUCAUUAGAAGCCUUGAAUAAGGACUCUUCUCCAUCGGGGGUUAUAGUCACCAAUGGUGAUUAUGACCGAGAGCAGUUUGCUGAAAAUCAGGUUCCUCUGCUGGUCAUAGGGACCAAGUUUGACCAGAUUCCAGAGAACAAGCGUAAUGAGGUACUGACAAGGACUGCUUUUCUGGCUGAGGAUUUUAAUGCUGAGGAAAUAAAUCUGGAUUGCACUAACCCAAGGUAUUUAGCUGCAGGUUCAUCAAAUGCUGUAAAAUUAAGCAGAUUUUUUGACAAGGUAAUAGAAAAAAGAUACUUCACAAGGGAUGGAAACCAGAUAAGUGGCUUCUCAGACAGGAAGCGUUUUGGAGCAGGAGGCUUCAAGAACCUUCAUAACGACUGACCAUCCCAUUUGUGUGCAGAUACUGGGCCUAAUAGUUCUGAAGACACUGACUUGAAAAAUGUGCCUCCUUGUUGGGUAGAAUGGUCUUUGCCUUUGGUACAGAGGUACAAUAGUGUCCUGAGUGACAACCGUUUUUCUGCUGUGGAAGAAAGACCACAAUGUUUAAAGCAGAUAUGCAAGGAACCAUGUCACCCCAACAGAGAAAUUCCCUUCAUAGUCUUUACCUUUUGGAGUGGUUUUCAGGCAGCUGACGAUAAUGGUCUUUUUCUGGUUGAUUCAGUAGUGUUGCUUCAGCACCUUAUGUUUCCAUAGAAGGGAGUCUUUAAUUCAUAUGUGGAUUGUGAAGAAGCACACUGAAGACGUGGCAAAACAAAUUUUCAAAACCAAUAUUCUGAAGUACUGAUGACUGAAAAGGUCAUUAAGUUAUUGAACCUAAAGAACAUUUUGGCCAUCGGUUCAUCAAAAUAUUUUUUUCCAGUUAAUUUACUUUAAAUGUAUUUUAUAAGUUGUUUCACAUGAGAUGAAAGAAGCAGUUUGUCAUGUUUUUAUCCUUAAUACAGGUGGGCUAUAUUUUUCCUGAGUCUGCUGUGUGGCUUUCUGUGACAAAAAUAUAAUAUAUUAGAACAGCACAUAGUUUCCAAAUCAACCUUAUCAUUAAAUCUGCUACAUAGUGAUCAACAUCCUAGCUCCAAAAUUAAAAAUACGUAACAUAUAAGAUUAAAUGAUCAAAAAAUGUAAAAUUACAAUAGAAAAUCAUAUAUAUACUGCAUAUCAAAAGCAUACAGCAAAAAAAGAAAUUCCCCAAAAAUUCCAAUGUAAUCAUAAAUACAUUUUGGAUUUCGCAGAGUCAAGUCAGGACAAAAAGUCAAGACUGCAACUUGUGCAACGGUGUAGGAUUAAAAGGCUAAGCAGUCUCUAAUUGCCUCAUGGUGAGGCACUGCUCCAGGGAAUGUGUUGAUUCUUGAGUAUCCUGAGUAAAUAGAGAUUUAGGAAUAAGAUUAUCUGAGAAAUGAAUAACCUUGGGCUAAUUUCUGUUUUGAAGUUAAAAAGCAUGAUUCUCAGUUAGGUUCUCAAGACGAAAUAUAAAUCUUUCUCCUUUUCAUUUCUUACAGUGCAUGUUGGGUACAAUUCACUGUGUUUUCAAAAAUACAAUUAUAAAAAUUUAGUGUAAUUUGGUUUGAUGUUGUAUUAUGCAGUUUGAUUUGUUGUAUUUUGAAAUAUAGGUGAAAUAGAAAAUAAUUUUGAAAAAUUAAAUGUUCUUUCAAAUCCCAAUCCACCACAUUAAGAUGUUUUAUGAUUUCCUUUCUAAAGCUGCUGUUUGCCACUCGCGAUUUUUAUUUAUAUCUGUAAAUUUAAGUUUGUUUUUAAUUUCAGAAUCUAAAUGGCUGAUAUAGAUCAGGAAGAGCAAUUUAUAUACAAAAUUGUAUCUGUUUAGCUAGUAUUUUAUUUUAAACUUUUUUCUUCUCAUUAAAUUAUUCCUGAUUAUCCUUUGUA